AUGACAAGCCUCGAAGCUAAGUGUGUGUCUGCGCCUGGCAAAGUGCUGCUUGUGGGUGGAUAUUUGAUACUAGACGAGCGUUAUUCGGGUCUUGUUCUUUCGACUACAGCACGAUUUUACUCUCAAGUGGAAGCAAAGAAGUUGGAUGUUACUGACGUUAUGUCUACUAGCUCAAGUGAGUGGGAGUGUUUGUUCCCACUAACCAUAGAAAGUAAGCAAUUUAGCCAAAUAGUUCACGGCUGGAUUGAGGAAAAUGGCGACAAACGUUUUCGAUUUCGACUGAGGGACAAUUCACACUGCAACUCAUACUUAGAGAAGACGGUGUUAUGUGUGGUGAACGGUAUUGCCGGUUUGAACGCUUUUAAAAGCAAGGAUACGUAUCAACAGCUCAAGAUAACGAAGACUGGUGUUUAUGUCACACUUUAUGGCGAAAAUGAUUUUUACUCGCAAGUGGAAAGGUUGCAAGAUGCCAACCUUCCAAUUACUCGUGCCAAUCUGAACGCUCUUCAACCUUUUCUACCUCCAAUAAUGAAAGAGCACGAUGGUGAGCGAGUUGCAGUAAAGACAGGCUUGGGGAGUUCUGCCGCUCUGGUGACUUCAUUAGUUGCAGCGCUUGUUGCCUUUUUCGUGCCAGCGAUGAACAUUGAAAAAGAGGAGAGAGAUCUCGAGGUGGUCCACAAUCUUGCUCAGUUGAGCCACUGCUACGUGCAGCGCAAAAUCGGAAGCGGAUUUGAUGUUUCGGCAGCAUGUUUUGGCUCACAGCGGUACACUCGUUUUCCGGCCUCAAUUAUCGACGCAUUAAUGUCUGAAAAUGCGCUCAUACCGGAUGCAAUUGGGCAUUGUGUUGAAAAUCGCGAGCUGUGGAACACUUCAAGUCGCGUGAAACCAAUUCGAUUACCUUCAAACUGCCACUUGAUCAUGGGAGAUGUGUCAUCCGGUUCAGCGACCGUAUCCAUGGUUCGGCAAGUGAUGAAGUGGCAACAGGAGCAACACGAAACGGCAAAGACCUUGAUGAAUAAUCUUAACCGUUACAGUAUGGAGGUUGAACAAGGUCUUGCUGAUAUUUGCGAACUGGAAGAUCGCUGCAGCACUCCCGUCGACUGGAAAGCAAUAGCAUUUCAUCGUCGUGAGCAGACAUCGGACCUAUUCUUCUAA